AUGGCUGAAAGAGAUCGAGAAACUGCAACGGCUGAGCAAAUCGCAAACAAUGGCAAUGAUAUCGAGAAAUCAUCGUCCAACGAGGAGGUGCCGGCAUCAAACAACGGACCGCCGCCAGCUCACCAAGAACAAUUCUCGGUCUUCACAGUCAAUCAAAAAAGAGCCAUUGUUUCGCUAGGGUCGCUGGCGGCUUUCUUUUCGCCGUUGUCCUCGAGCAUCUACUUUCCUGCGUUAGAUACGAUUGCUAAAGCAUUGGGCGUUUCCAUCAGCCAGAUUGACCUUACAGUUACCACAUACUUGAUUAUGCAAGGCAUUGCGCCCACGCUCAUAGCUGGUUUCUCGGACCGUGCAGGACGACGACCAGCGUAUUUCAUCUGCUUUACUAUUUAUAUCGCAGCCAAUCUUGGCCUGUCCCUCCAGAACAGCUAUGCAGCUUUGAUGGUCUUGCGGUGUCUUCAGAGCGGGGGUAGUAGUGGCACUGUCGCGCUGGCCAACGGUCUCGUAGGAGACAUGAUUACCUCUGCGGAACGAGGCAGUUAUAUUGCCUUUGCAUCACUGGGCAGCAUGUUAGGACCCUCGCUGUCUCCCAUUAUCGGCGGUAUCCUCAGCCAAUACCUAAACUGGCACUGGCUGUUCUGGUUUCUUCUCAUCUUCAGCGGCACCUUCUUCAUUGUCCUGCUGCUUUUCCUACCGGAGACAUGUCGGAAGAUUGUCGGCGAUGGUUCUAUUCCUCCUCCGCCAUUAAACACUUCGUUAACGGAUGUCAUCCGGCAUCGCCGACGAGAGAGACAAGGCAUCCAAGUGGACCAAGAGAAGCUCGUAGAGCUUCGCAAAAACUACCGUUUUCGAUUUCCAUCGCCAGUUCCCACACUGCGUGUGAUCAUGGACCUUGAAACAUCAGUCAUACUACUUACAACGGGCUUGCUUUUUGCCGUGUUUUAUGCCGUGAUGACAGGCGCCACGAGCUCUUUCCAGAAUAUCUAUGAAUUCAACGACAUUCAGACCGGUUUGAUGUACCUUCCAAUCGGUGCUGGCGGGGUUGUAUCUGCCUUCACCACGGGGCGUAUUGUAGACUGGAACUUCCGGCGCCACGCAAAGCGCGCAGGUCUCACCGUCGUCAAGAAUGUGAGGCAAGAUAUUACCAAUUUCAACAUCGAACGUGUGAGACUGGAGGUCGCCCUGCCGCUCUAUUAUUUCAGUAACGUGAUGGUACUGAUAUAUGGCUGGCUGAUGGAGCGCAAGGUCAAUCUGGCAGCCCCAAUCAUCCUUCUCUUCUUCAACGGCUGGGCUCUUAUGGCGACAUCUCAGGUUCUGAAUGCUUUGAUGGUUGAUCUCUGGCCUGGAAACUCUGCAGCUGCGACGGCUGCGAAUAAUCUUUUUCGUUGCGAGUUGGGUGCGGCCGCAUCAGCAGCCAUAACACCCAUGACCAACGCGAUGGGCACUGGCUGGGCUUAUACAACCUUGACUCUGAUCUCGGUUGCUGCAUCGCCGUCGUUUCUGGUUAUAAUGAAACAUGGAAUUAAAUGGCGACAGAACAGAUGGCGCAAACAAAAUGCUGCUAAAAAUUGA